AUGUGCAGUAUUGUAGAAGAUGACUUUGGUGACGAUGGAGGAGCGCACGGUAUGAGGGAAGACACACCACAACCGGAACUAUCCGUAAACGAGCUGUGUCGAAAGUGUAACACGGAGAUGGCCGUACUAAAGCUUAACCUAAAGGAGCCCCAGUGUCGGGUUUGCUUUUUGAAUUACGUUCGACACAAGUUCCGUGCAUCGUUGGGAUCCACGAAAAUUGUACGCCGAGGGUCACGGGUGCUAGUUAUCUUUACCGGCGCAGCGGAAAAUGUUACCCUGCUCGAUAUGAUUCGCUUCGGAUUGGAGCAGGAUUCUUUCAAGCAGCUACGAAUAGUGCCCAUCCUGCUGUACGUCGAUGAUGGUUUUGUUGAAAAAACAGAUGAACUAAGAAUUCAACAGCUUUCGAAACGGAUAAAUGUUUUGAAACAGUUUAGCAGCUUUCCAUCGUACUAUACUGUGUGCGGUUCUUCGAAGUAUGCUGAAAUAACCUUCAACGAGACAUUUUCUCCUAUCGGUUUCGAGCAAGAUGAAGCGCGGCUGUUGCAAGUACUGGAAGCGGUCCGAUCGGUAUCAUCCAAACAGGAUCUCCUGGAACAAGUGCACAAUCAAACGUACCGAAACAUCGCCAAAGCACUCAACUGUAACUACGUGUUCCUCUCGGACAUCGGGAUCGAUCUGGCAAAAACGCUCCUAUCCAACGUGGCCUUGGGACGCGGUUGUUCUCUUGCGCAGGAUGUUGCCUUCUGCGAUGAUCGUGACGAUGCGGCGAAGCUAAUACGACCAAUACGUGAUCUGAACCCGGAUGAGGUUAGCAAUUAUUUGCAGUUCAGUGAGGCACAACUGCAAUACCUUCCGCUCGUGAAACAUUUCGAGGAUAAACCAAGUUUGCAAAAUUUGACUUCUAAAUUCAUCGACAACCUUCAGCAAACCUUCCCCUCGACGGUGUCUACCGUUUUUCGUACUGGCGACAAACUUGAUGUACUGAAAUCAGUCCAACGAGUAACUUCCGACGAUGGGGCAAAUUUUCUGGCAAUGUUCGAUAAAUCACUCACGCUAAACGAUCAGUCGGUGGGAGAAUGUUGUCGGUUUUGUGGCGCUGUUUUAGAUUAUAAAGGAUCAAAAACGCUUUUCGCAACCGAAUAUUCGAGGCUCGUGUCCUCACGAAUAAAUGCCGCCUGUAGUCAUGAGGAUAUUUUGCAAAAAUCAAAGCAAAUGGAGUUAGACGCAGAACGUGCUGUGAAUGGGGAGAAAAAUGAGGAACAGCAGGAACUAUUGAAGCACCUGUGUCAUGGGUGUAGGAACAUAUUUGAAGAUAUAAAUGAAUAA